UACAUCCUAGGUCUCUGGUCUGGCCAAGAUACAUCUUCUUACCAGUGUUGCUCAGGCCCACAGCCUUUAAGGCUAGGAUAACCACUUGCACAUAUUAAUACAGGACUAAGCAGUCUUGGCUGAAGCUAAAGGAAUUCACAAGGCUUGAACACAGUUAGUUACAAUAAGGAUUUUCCCAGCGCCGCGGGGGCUCUGACCCCGGGCCGGUCUGCCCCGGCCCAGGCGCGCUGCAGCACUUGUCCAAACAGGGAGGUGGGAAGCGGCUGCGGCGGGUGCAGAACUCAUUACCCGGGAGCUCAGCAGAUAAUGCGGCCCUGGAGGGGGCCGGGCAGCGGGGAGGGGCCGAGCCUGGCCCGGGCCAUAGGGUGCACAUCUCCCACCAGAUACCCCUGCGCCCCCAGAGCGGGCCUGGGUGCUGGCAUGGGGUUGGCACUGGUGGCCUCGGGUGGGUGGGGUCAGCGCUGGGCACUGCUCGGAUGUGCACGCACGGUUUGGGGGUCCUGAGUCCCAGCUGUAUCCCCUCAGCUGUGCCCCCAGCUGAGUGGGGAUCCUGUGCCCCUCAUGUUCCCAAGGUUUGCACACCCCGUUUGGGGGGUCCUGCACCCCGCUGUACCAGCGGGCUGUGCACACCAGCUCGGGGGUCCUGUGCCCCGGGUGUACCCCCCGACCAGGCUGUGCACACCAGCUCUGGGAGCCCGUGCCGUGCCAUGCCCGUGUCCCCUCGCUCCCUGAUGGAUUUUCCGUCCCUCGGCGGGGCCGUUUCCCGGGAAACCUUCACACCCGCCGGCCCCAACACCUGCGGGGCCUGGGAACGCGCCGGGGGGGCUCCUCCCAGCCCCGGCCUCGACCCCCGCCGCCCGUGGGGCUCCCCUGCCGCCACUGCCAGCACGGGCAGCCCAGAGGGGUCCCUCAGGGGCACUGGCACCCCCAAACCGGGUGGGGGGUGUCCCACAAAGCCGCAGGGACAGCUUCCUGUCUGGGGUCCUGCUGCAGGGGGAGACACGGGAACACGCCCCAGCAGACCCACGGCAAACUCCACUGGAGCCCCAUCAGAGCCCCACUGCUCCCCCACUGCUGCCCCACCGCAGCCCGUGCUGCGGCCCGACUGCAGCUCCCGCAGCAGACCUGCCGAGCCCCCGGGCAGCUCCCGUGUGGGUCCCAGCCCCGUCCCCAGCCCGGCGCGGGGCCGAGGAGCAGCACCGAGCAGCUUCACACCUCUGGGGUGAAAUUCGUCACCCCGUGUUCACAGCCGCGGCCCCCGGCCCCCCCAGACCCCCGGCCUUUGAAGUGCUGCUCCUGCAGCCUCUUCACACCUCCGGCCCGGCAUAAAGCCGCGGCGCCCGGGAGCCGCUGGCACACAGGUCCCAGCCUCCGGCGCUGCCAUGGCCCACGGCCACACGCUGCCCGCCACCGCCCCUCUGCAGGACUGGGCUGACCGCGGCCCCCCGGACCCGCUGGGCUACAGCAGCAGCUCUCCCGCAGCGUCGCCCGACUCCUGCGGGCUCGCGUCCCCCGCCGCCGCUCGGGGGCCCUGCCGCGGGCACGCCGCCCCCCGCCCCAGGGGCAGGAAGGGGCUGCGGGGCGGCGGGGGCGCGGGGGUCCCGCGGCAGAGCGCCAGCGAGCGGGAGAAGCUGCGGAUGCGGCGGCUGGCGCAGGCCCUGCUGCGGCUGCGGCAUUACCUGCCGCCCGCGCUGGCGCCCGCCGGGCAGACCCUCACCAAGAUCGAGACCCUGCGCCUCGCCACCCGCUACAUCGCCCACCUCUCCGCCCUGCUGGGGCUCAGCCGGGGAGCGCCGGCCCCCCGGCACUGCCCCCUCUGCCCCCGGGGCCUGGGCUGCUGCCAGGACACAGAGCCCCGCGAUGCUUCGCCACCCGGCGCUGCGGGCUGGGGGUCACCUCCCAUGGCGGGGACGCUCCCGGAGCUGCACGGGGCUCCCGGCGCGGGGCCGGGUGCCUGGGGGUCACCUCUCUGCAGCCCUGCUGCGGGCACUGCCCCAGAGGUGUUUGGGGCUCCGGAGAUGGGCUUAGAGACCUGGGGGUCGCCCCCCUACAUCCCUGCUGCAGGGACCCUCCCAGAUGUACUUGGAGGUCCGAACAUCGGGAUGGAGACCUGGGGGUCUCCUUCUUACAUCCCUGCAACCAGAACCCCCCCAGAGAUGCUUGGGGUUUCCAACAUCAAGACGGAGACUUGGGGACCCCACCCCUACAUGCCUGCAGUGGGGACCUCCUCAGGGCUGAACAGGGCUGUCACCUCCACUGCGUCUCCCUGGCUGACCCCUCCCCACUCUGCGGGGGCUGGGACCCCCCCGGAUCCCCCUGGUGAUGUCCUGGACAUGGGACUGGCGGUGUCAGAGUUCGUGGGCACAGGAACAGUCACCCAGGACCUCUCUGCGGACCUGCUCUCACUGCUGGAGGCUCUGUUCCCACCGGAGCCCCGGCACUGACCCAGAGGAGUCGCCGGGCCUGGAGCACCCACGGCCCCCAAUGCCUGUGUGGACACUGCAGCCCCCGGCAGAGCUGCAGGAAAAGCUGCCCCGCCAGCCUGGAGCCGUGCUGGACGCGCUGGGUGGCGGCGGCUGGAUGUGA